AUGGCAGGACCAGCAAGGCAUCACAGCAUUGCCUGGGGGCCACUCACAAUGCUGCGUUCGCUCGCUCUGCUUUUGUCAUUGACACUGUCGGGGAGUGUGGCAGCGGCCGCCAGCCCCCGCAGUCUGAUUGGUGUCAACUACGGGUCAUUGCUCUCCUCAACGCCCCUCGCCUAUUCUGUGGUAGUCGACUUGAUGCAGAAGAAUGGCUUCAGCAAGGUCAAGCUCUUUGACACCAACUCCGGGGUGCUGUCCGCUCUAGCGGGGACCGGCAUCGAAGUCAUGGUGGCCGCGCCAAACGGCGAGCUUCCAAACCUUGCCGCGAAUGUGAGCUAUGCAAGCAGCUGGCUUGCGGCUAACGUGAAGCCGCACCUGGGGGUGGGGUUUCUCGCGGGAGCAAACAUCACGUGCAUAGCCGUCGGGAACGAGGCGCUGAACCCAUACUUAUACGGCACCAAAUACGUGGGGCUCGUAUACCCCGCCAUGAACAACCUGCUUAUGGCGCUUCAGGCUGCGGGCCUCGACGGGACGAUCAAGCUGACAAUUCCAUUGGAGCCCACGAUCCUUACCGACCUAUCAUUUCAACCUCCUUCCGACGGUGCGUUCCGCCCGGGCGUCCAAGCGGAACUGCAGAAGAUCCUGGCGUUGCUGGACAAGUCGGGCUCUUUCUUCACCGCCAACGUCUACCCUUACCUUCACAUGGGGAGCGACGGACUGGGCACGGACAUUCCGCUGGAGCUGAUCUUGUUCCGCGAGAACGGCAGCUACGUGGACAGCGGAACGGGGCUGCGCUACACGAACGCCUUUGACAUGGGCGUUGACGCCUUCGUCUCGGCCAUAAAAGCUGCGGGAUAUCCAAACCUGGAAGUAAAUGUUGGGGAGGCAGGCUGGCCCACCGACGGCGCUCCAACUGCAACCCCCGCCCUCGCCCGGGAGUUCAAUCAAGCGCUAGUUCAGCACCUUAUCAACAGCCCGGGGACUCCCCUCCGACCGGGAAAACAGGUCACCACGUAUUUCUUCGAGCUUCUCGACGAAGACCAGAAGGACGUGUCCUCGGGUAUCUUUUUCGAGCGGCACUGGGGGCUUUUUACCGAGACGGGAGUUGCCAAGUACGCUUUGGAUCUGACUGGCGCUUCUUCCGGGACGUUAGUCAGCGCCAGCCCUAAACUGCUGCCAACCCAGUGGUGCGUCGCCAGGACGGGAGUCCUCGUCAAGGACUUGCUAGCGGCGAUCCAGUACGCGUGCUACGAGGGCGGCGCGGACUGCACGCCGCUGCAACCGGGCGGCUCGUGCUACGGAAACAACAGCACGUUGCUCCACGCUUCAUACGCCUUCAACACGUAUUACCAGCACCACCAACAGGGGGACAACACGUGUAACUUCGACGGCGUAGCAACAGUUACUCAGAGGGAUCCCUCAACCGGCACGUGCGCGUUCCGGCUCGGGUUGGACGGCAGCUCCAUCGCGAGCGCGACACCGAGCGGAGGCAUCAUCGGAACGACGCAACCUCCGGUGUCGUCGACUGGCGACGAGGGCAGCGUAGCGGAUCAGACGGGUGGAAGCGGAAAAGGGGCCACGCUUCGUUGGACUGCUUUGAUUGUACCCGCCAUUGCGGGCCUCGUUUUCGGAGGUGUUGUGGGUUAG